AUGGCAAUGGUUGGUGUCGGUCUUCUCUGGGGUGCCACUAACCCAUUGCUAAGACUGGGAUCCAAAUCAGCUGCAGAAACGCAAGAAAUCGCAGAUGUGCAAGCUGUUUCUGGGUUUUGGCGGAGGUUACUGGCUCCACUAAUCGACCUAACGAUGCUUCUUAUGAACUGGAGAUUCUCUAUUCCAUUCAUAGUGAAUCAGAGCGCUUCUGUAAGUUUUAUCCUUUUCGUAAUGCUCGUUUCUCGCUAUCCCGUGUCCAUUGUGGUUCCAUGCGUAAAUGCUUUACAAUUCCUGUUCACUGCUGUUGUUGGAUAUCUUAUUGGUUGGUUAGAAUCAGUUAAAGUUUAUUUAAUCGUUCUCUUUCUCUUUUGCUCUUUUUUGUUGAGCAGUGAAAUCGGGAGGCUUUGCUUGUGGCGUCACAGCUAGCA